AUGCGGUUCGCUCUCCUCGCCUGCCUGGCCUCUUUGGUCUCCUCCGUCAGUGCCACUGCCUUGACCUACAGGCUUGAGGCCAACGAGAAGGCAUGCUUCUACACCAAUGUUGAGCAGGCCAAUGCCAAGGUGGCAUUCUACUUUGCGGUCCAAUCGGGUGGUUCCUUCGAUGUUGACUACACCGUCACCGCACCCGGCGGCAAGAUCGUGAUGGAUGGAACAAAGGAACGCCAGGGCGACUUCGUUUUCACGGCGCAGAGCAUCGGCGAAUACCAGUUCUGCUUCAACAAUGAGAUGUCCACGUUUGCCGAGAAGAUGGUUGAUUUCGAGAUUGCCGUCGAGAAUGAACAGCGCGCCCAACUCCCCUCCCGCCAGGGUGCCAGCCCCGAGCAAACCACCAACCUCGAGGAAUCCAUCUACAAGCUGUCCGCACAGCUGUCAACCAUCUCACGCAACCAGAAGUACUUCCGUACUCGCGAGAACCGUAACUUCAGUACCGUCCGCAGUACCGAGCGUCGGAUUUUCAACUUCAGUGUGAUUGAGAGCUUGAUGAUGGUGUCCAUGGCUGCUCUGCAGGUCUUUGUGGUGCGCUUCUUCUUCCAGGGCGCGCGGAAGGGUUACGUGUGA